AUGGCUCCAGGAAGGUUAGCAGACGACAGGGUGAUACCUGAUCCUGGACUCAUACCAGCUUCCGAUGCCCCCCACGAGAACGAGUGGUACAACCAAGACUUUGAUGGCUACAGAAUAACCGAAGAGCCACUCUUCACUAAACGACCGCUACGUGUGGUUUGUGUCGGUGCCGGCGCCGCUGGUCUCCAGAUCGCCUACAAGGCCGAACGGCUCCUUGAAAACGUCGACCUGCAGGUCUACGAGAAGAAUUCGGAAAUCGGCGGUUGCUGGCUGGCGAACCGCUACCCGGGAUGUGCAUGCGAUAUUCCCAGUCACUCGUACCAGUACACAUGGGCGCGCAACCCCAAGUGGUCACACUACUACUCCUCAUCGACAGAGAUAUGGCAGUACUUCAAGGACGUUGCGACCAAAUUUAACAUCGAGAAGCAUGUGCAGUUCAAUACUACCGUCGAGAGCGCAACCUGGGACGAGGGGUCGGGGACCUACAAGCUUCGCCUCCUCGACCCCGAGGGCCGCCAUAUCGACGACUGGUGCGAUCUGCUGAUCUCGGCCUCGGGUCUCCUCCACUCUUGGAAAUACCCUGAUAUCCCCGGCCUCAAACUCUUCAAGGGUAAAGUGAUGCACUCGGCGCAGUGGGAUGACGGCUUUGACCUCACGGGCAAGACUGUCGCUGUGAUCGGCGGCGGCUCAUCUGCCGUCCAGGUCAUCCCCAAUAUCCAGCCAAAGGUGGGCAAGCUGGUGGCUUUCAUACGAUCUCCGACCUGGAUCACCACCGGAUUUGCCGCCAAGCACGCCGCACCGGGCGGCACCAACUUUGCCUAUACAGACGAGCAGAUGAAGGCGUUUGCAAAGGAUCCGGUAGCGUACGAACGGUACUGCCGCGACAUUGAGGGCGAGCUGAACAAGCGCUUCAACCUGAUGCAUCUCAACUCCAAUGACCAGAAGACAUCGUGCAAGGACAUUGCGGCGACCAUGAGCGCGCGGCUUCAAAACGACGAGCUGGCCAAGCGGCUCAUCCCAGAAUUCGCGCUUGGCUGCCGGAGGAUGACACCUGGGCCCGGCUUUUUAGAGACGCUGUCGCGCGACAAUGUCAAGGUUGUUCACGACAGUGCUACGCAGCUCACGGAGACGGGCAUUGUGGAUGGCAGCGGUGUUGAGCACAAGGUUGACGUGGUCAUCUGCGCGACUGGCUUUGAUACCUCGUUCGCGCCACACUUUACGGUUACUGGACGUGAUGGCGCCGACCUGAGGAAGCAGUUUGGAGAGUUUCCCAAGGGAUAUCUCGGCGUUGCUCUUGCUGACCAGCGUCAUUUCUUCUUAGUCCUGCCGGGACCUAACAGCCCGACAAGUCAUGGCUCAUUCUUGCCCACACUGGAAUGGUAUACGCGCUACAUGUUCUUGGUGAUCGACAAGGUGCAGACAGACAACAUCAAGUCAUUUGAGCCUAAAGAGGGUGCCAUCAAGGAUCUCUAUAACCACACCCACGAGCUCAUGAAACGGCUCGCCUGGUCAUCCUCCUGCCGCUCAUGGUUCAAAAACGGCAAAAAGAUGGGCCCCGUAACAGCAGUAUAUCCAGGAUCCCGACUACAUUUCUUCGAGAUGCUUAAGAACGUGAGGUGGGAGGAUUUCGAUCUGACAUACAAGACCGAUAACCGCUUUCAGUUCAUGGGUAAUGGAUUCACGCAACUGGAAUGCAGCGCAGAAGGGGAUCCGGUGUGGUACUUUGAUGAUCCCUUUGUUCGCAUCUAA